CAACGUUUUCGCUGGCAAGAACGUUAGUUCCUGCUCUUUCCUGGCCGUUUCCUGUAAUCGUACAGUGUUGUGAGACGGAGAAAGCCAUGUGUGUCGAUGCAAAGGAAAGAGACCUCAGCGAAUGAUCUCGCAGAUGGGAAUCCAUCCCAUCAUUACACACAGCGCAGAGGACAGAAAUAGGCACUGAAAACAAGGAAGAGGAAAGGGGUGAGGAAGAAGUGGAGAAACAGGGGGACUCUCCUCUUCCCCGAGCGUCUUUCUCUGGUAUCUAGCUCAUUUUCCCCACCAUCUACACCACCACUCCAAUAUUUGUCAUUGGAGGAUACAAUUCAAUUCUCUGCACUGGACUGAAACCACAGAAUUAGUCAAUUUUAGUAAGUGAAUUAUAUGUUAUUGAUAUGCGUUCUCAGAAUAAUAUUGAUGAACUUGGAUUAAUAAAAAAUAAUUUUUUGUUUUUCCAGUAGUUUUUUUAAGUGCACAUUCUGGGCAGAUUUACGGAUUCCCUGUCUUUCUGACUGAGAGCAAGGCUGUUUUGUUCUCUAAAUCUUCUGUGGACUGGGCAACAUGGCAGACCCCAUCAUGGACCUCUUUGAUGACACGCCGCUGUUCAACCUGGAUGCUCUGCCAGGCGAUGCCUUCGCCCAGGGUUCCUCAGACCCUGUGGAGGAAGCUCUGAAGCUGGCUCUGGGGCAGAUUGAACCCCCCUAUGAACCCACCCCAGCUCUCAGCAUACCAGUGGCAGCUCCAUCCAUCCCAGACCCGGUCCCUGUGCAGCAGCUGGCCCCAGUCCCAUUCGCCCUCCCUCAGACUGUUUCAAUCGCUUCAACAGUACCUCAGACAACACUCUCUGUAGCCAGUAACACUAGUCGGGCUGCCACAGUCCUGCUGGGCUCACCUCUGACUGUCAAUAGCUCUGCUGGCACCACACAACAGAUCACAACACAACAAUUCACCACACAGCAGCUCACACAGAUUGCACAGCAGCUUACUCCUCAGCAGCUAGCUGCCAUCACCCAGCAGGCGGGAGGGCAGGGAGGCUCCAAGAUCGUUAUCCUGAAGGGACCUGGGGGGCAUGCACAGGUGCUGCAGACUGUUCCUGGGACAGGCUCCCAAGCGGGGAAGGUCACCUUUGCCAGGGUACUGUCUGGAACCCAACUUAGGCCUGGCAUGCAGAUAUUGUCUGGAGGAACGGUCCUGAACCAAGCGUCUCCUGGGCAGGGACAGGUGAAGGUGGGGACUGGGAUACAGAGGCUAGUUCAGUCGCCCAACAGACCCCUGAAGCAGGUGCAGUUGAUCUCCAUGCCCCAGGGCCAGACGCAAACUGUCCAGAUGCAAAUACCGCAGGCCCAGCUUGCCCAAGCGCAGCAAAUCCAGCUACAGCCCCAGACACAGGUGCAGCUACAGUCUACCAUGCAAACACAGGUUACUGCCACUGCUACAGGCACCACUUCAGUCCGACCACAAGGGGUUACCCUCACUACAGUGCCACAGCAGGGUGAAGCUAAGAGGAUCACCCUGGUGCUGCAGCAGCCCCAUGGUGGCACGACCCAGGGGGGUGCUGUGACGGUGGGUGGGUCAGGUCAGCUGCAGCAGGGCCAGCAGCAGAGGCUGGUGUUGGGUAACCUCCCAGGGAAGCUGGUCCUCCAAGGGGGUCAGCUGGCUGCUCUCACCCAGGCCAGGGCAGGGCAGACGGGGGCGCAGCCUAAAGUACUUACCAUCCAGCUGCAAGUGCAGCAGCAACCCAACCAACAGGGGGUACCCAAGUUUCAGCUGGUGUCUGGAGGGCAAGGUAGCAGCCCACAGGUGGUUCAGAUCUCCCAGGGGCAAGGUGGACAGAGACUGGCCAUGCCCCUCAAACUGCUGCUGCAACCACAGAUGAGCUCCACCUCCACAGCAGGCGGUACUGUCUCCGUAGUGAAGGUCAUCAACACCUCGGCUGCCGGCUCUGCCCCUUCCACCACCACCACCAUGGCAUCAACAGGGAUACGGCUAGCCAAGGCCCAGGAGCCUGUACGGCGUGUGGAGACCCUGGGCAAGCAGGAGAAGGCCAACCGCAUUGUGGCCGAGGCCAUCGCCAGAGCAAAGGCCCGGGGAGAGAGGAACAUUCCACGAGUCCUCAACCAGGACGAACUGCCUGCUGGACAGAAGGCUGCUGACAAAGGGGCUGCUGCGACGACCACUGGCACACCUGGAGCUAAGAAGAAGGGGGGAGGAGGCGGGAGUAAGAAGAAAAGCCCACCAGGGAUAGGGGGGAAGAGCAUAGCUUGUGCUGAGAAGAAAGGCAAGUCCAAGGCAGCAGGUGGAGCUGCUGUAGGGACACCUGUAGGGGUGGCUGGAACCAGCGGCUGCAAAAGCAAAAGCAAGGCAAAGAUCAAUACGAUCACUCUAGUGGGGGGUAAGAAGAGGAAGAGGAAUGCCUCCUCAGACCACUCUGAUGGGGAGUUGAGCCCUGCCUCUCCCUCUAAGGCCCUGGAGGAGGACAUGCUAGCGAAGAGGCGCUCUAACCGUCAGGUGAAGAGGAAGAAGUACACGGAGGACUUGGACAUCAAAAUCACCGACGACGAGGAUGAGCCGGAGGAGGACGUGGACGUAACCACGACGGCAGCGGUGGCGUCCAUUACCGGAGGGGCAGCGGGGCAGCUGAUGGGAGAGCAGCUCAAACAGGAGCUGCAGUUGGACGGGGACGGCCUUUCCAGCAUGCAGUUCUUUGUGGAAAACCCCAACGAGGAAGAUGCAGCAAUUGUAGACAAAGUCUUGUCCAUGAGGCUAACUAAAAAGGAGGUGUCUCCAGGACAUUAUAUAAAUGCUGAGGAAUUCUUUGUCAAAUAUAAGAACUACUCUUACAUGCACUGUGAGUGGGCCACUCUGGAGCAGCUGGAGAGAGACAAGAGGAUCCAUCAGAAGCUGAAGAGAUUCAAGAUCAAACACGCACAAAUGAGACUCCUCUUACAGGAGGAGGAGGAGGCCUUCAACCCAGACUAUGUGGAGGUGGACCGUAUCUUGGAUGAAUCCAACAGUGUGGACAAGGACAAUGGAGAGCCGGUGGUGUAUUACUUGGUGAAGUGGUGCUCUCUGCCCUAUGAAGACGCCACCUGGGAGCUGAGGGAGGACGUGGAUGAGGACAAGGUGGAGGAGUUUAGGAAGAUCCAGGACCGCCAACCUCAGCUCAAGAGAACGCCCCGACCCCAAGCGGCUGCAUGGAAGAAGCUGGAGGAAUUCAGAGAGUACAAGAGUGGGAACGUACUUCGAGAAUACCAGCUAGAGGGAGUCAACUGGCUGCUCUUCAACUGGUACAACAGGCAGAACUGUAUCCUGGCCGAUGAGAUGGGUCUAGGGAAGACCAUCCAGUCUAUCUCUCUGCUGUCUGAGGUGUCUGGUGCCGGGGUCCAGGGCCCCUUCCUGGUCAUCGCCCCCCUCUCCACCAUCACCAACUGGGAGAGGGAGUUCGCCACCUGGACCGACAUGAAUGCCAUCGUCUACCAUGGCAGCCUGGCCAGCAGGCAGAUGAUCCAGCAGUAUGAGAUGUACUGCAAGGACGACAAGGACCAUCUGAUCCCAGGGGCAUAUAAGUUUGAUGCCCUGAUCACCACGUUUGAGAUGAUUCUGUCCGACUGCCCUGAGCUGAGGGAGAUCUCCUGGCGCUGUGUGAUCAUUGACGAAGCCCACCGCCUCAAGAACCGCAACUGCAAGCUGCUGGACAGCCUCAAGAUGCUGGACCUGGAGCAUAAGGUGCUUCUGACAGGCACUCCCCUCCAGAACACAGUGGAGGAGCUCUUCAGUCUGCUGCACUUUCUUGAGCCAGCUCAGUUCUCCUCAGAGUUCGAGUUCUUACGUGACUUUGGAGACCUCAAAACAGAGGAGCAGGUCCAGAAGCUCCAAGCUAUUCUGAAGCCUAUGAUGCUGCGCAGACUCAAAGAGGAUGUGGAGAAGAACUUGGCACCAAAACAGGAGACCAUCAUUGAGGUGGAGCUGACAGAUGUGCAGAAGAAAUACUACCGGGCCAUCCUAGAAAGGAACUUUAGUUUCCUCAGCAUGGGGGCAACCAGCAACAGCAACGUCCCCAAUCUGCUCAAUACCAUGAUGGAGCUACGCAAGUGCUGCAACCACCCUUACCUCAUCACAGGGGCGGAGGAGUCUAUUGUGGCUGAGCUGAGGGAGGUGUACGACCCCAUGGUCCCAGACUUCCACCUGCAGGCCCUGGUGAGAUCUGCAGGCAAGCUGGUCCUGCUGGACAAACUGCUGCCUCGCCUGAAGGCCGGGGGACACAAGGUGCUCAUCUUCUCCCAGAUGGUGCGCUGCCUGGACAUCCUGGAGGACUACCUCAUCAACAAGAGAUACCUGUACGAGCGUAUUGAUGGCAGAGUGAGAGGGAACCUGCGUCAGGCAGCCAUUGAUCGCUUCAGCAAACCAGACUCGGACCGUUUCGUCUUCCUGUUGUGUACCCGGGCUGGAGGCCUGGGCAUCAACCUGACUGCUGCUGACACCUGCGUCAUCUUUGACUCAGACUGGAACCCUCAGAAUGAUCUGCAGGCUCAGGCGCGGUGUCACCGUAUCGGCCAGUCCAAGGCGGUGAAGGUGUACCGUCUGAUCACCAGGAACUCCUAUGAGAGGGAGAUGUUGGACAAGGCUAGCCUCAAACUGGGUCUGGACCGGGCUGUACUGCAGAGCAUGAGUGGCAACAAGGAGAGCAACGUCAACGGACAAAUCCAGCAGUUCUCUAAGAAGGAGAUCGAAGACCUCCUGAGGAAGGGUGCGUACGCUGCCAUCAUGGACGAGGAGGACGAGGGCUCCAAGUUCUGCGAGGAGGACAUUGACCAGAUCCUCCAGAGGAGAGCCACCACCAUCACCAUCGAGAGCGAGGGCAAGGGCUCCACCUUCUCCAAGGCCAGCUUCGUGGCCACCGAGAACAGGACCGACAUCGCCCUGGACGACCCCGAGUUCUGGCAGAAGUGGGCCAAGAGGGCAGACAUAGACUUUGAUUCCAUGAAUAGGAAGAACACUCUGGUGAUUGACACACCCAGAGUAAGGAAGCAGACCCGUCAGUUCGCUACCCUGAGGGGCGAGGGCGGGGAGAUCUCUGACCCCGACAGCGACGAGGAGUACCCACCCGCCAAUUCCCGGCAGUCCCGGUCCUCAAGGCGCUCCGAGCGCCACACUGGAAAUGGCUACGGCCGCACCGACUGCUUCCGUGUGGAGAAACACCUUCUUGUUUACGGGUGGGGGCGCUGGCGGGACAUCCUGUCUCAUGCACGCUGUAAGCGGCGCCUCGGGGAGCGUGACGUGGAGACCAUCUGCAGGGUCAUCCUUGUCUUCUGCCUGCUGCAUUACCGUGGCGACGAGAACAUCAAGAGUUUCAUCUGGGAGCUCAUCACCCCCCCAGAGAACGGCCGGGAACCACACACACUCCUCAACCACUCUGGUCUGUCCAUCCCUGUUCCUCGGGGCAGGAAGGGGAAGAGGGUGAAGGCCCAGAGCUCAUUUGACAUUCAGAAGGUGGAGUGGAUCCGCAAGUACAACCCCGACUCCCUGCUUCUGGACGACAGCUACCGCAAACAUCUCAAGCACCAGUGCAACAAGGUGUUGCUGAGAGUGCGUAUGCUGUACUACCUGAGACAGGAAGUCAUUGGAGAACAUGCCGAUUCUGUGCUGAGAGGAGCCUAUGCCAGGGAUAUUGACAUCUGGAUGCCUGAGAUGGAGCAGCAGGAGGUGCCAUCAGGCUGGUGGGAUACAGAGGCAGACCGCUCCCUCCUCGUCGGUGUCUUCAAACACGGUUAUGAGAUGUACACCACCAUGCGUGCCGAUGACUGUCUCUGUUUCCUGGAGAGAGCUGGUCGCCCUGACGACCAGGCCAUUGAUGCGGAGCAGCACUCUGCAGACGCGGAGCUGGGAGACGGAGGAGACGAUGACAAGUAUUCUGAAGACCCAGAGUUCAAGCCUGCGUUAAGGCACACCAAAGACCUGUACGAGGAGGCUGACUCCAUGAACAUGGGUGACGAUAUCUGUGUCGAUGACAAGCCGGGGCCCGUUAAAACCAAGGGACCGCCUUCUGGCCUGUCAGGAGCCUGUGAGUGGCCGACCAGCUCGUCACUUACCGCGCGGCUCCGGCGUCUGAUCACCGCAUACCAGCGCAGCUACAAGAGAGAGCAGCUGAAGGUGGAGGCAGCAGAGAAGGGCGACCGCAAGCGCAGGAGGUGUGAGCAGGCCAGUAAGCUGAAGGAGAUUGCACGCCAGGAACGCCAACAGAGGUACCAACUACUACCCUCAGCUAUUAACUCUGCAAGCAUAUGUGUCCUGAAUCUGAGGUGGACCCGUAGAGAGGAGUGUGAUUUCUACCGUGUGGUGUCCACGUUUGGUGUCGAGCGGAUAAAGGAGCCAAACGCUCAAGAGGGGGAGGAUGCUAAACUGGAAUGGGCCCGCUUCCGGACCUUCGCCCGUCUGGACAAGAAGACGGACGAGAGUCUGAGUCGCUACUUCCGCUGCUUCAUGGCCAUGUGCCGGAGGGUGUGCAACCUGCGGCCCGCCCGCGGAGAAGACCCGUCAGAGUUGGGGCAGUCUAUGGCCCCCAUCACCGAGGAGCGGGCCUCUCGCACCCUGUACCGCAUCAGCCUGCUGCGCCGUCUUCGUGAGCGUGUCCUGCCCCACCCCUCCAUGGAGGAGAGCCUGCUGCUGGCCCCACUCAGCUCCGAGCUUCCCGUCUGGUGGAGCACUCCGGCCCACGACCGGGAACUCAUGCUGGGCGCCGCCCUCCACGGCGUCAGCCGCACCGAGCUUUCAGUCUUCUCUGACCCGCAGUUCUCCUUCAGCCAAGCCCACCACGACUACCUCGAGAUCCAGCAGAACCAGCCCGCCCCUGCCACUCCCCUCCGCCAACCACAGGCAGAGGAGGGCUCCGCCGUCAAGGAGGAGGAGGGACUGAACGGGGAGUCCGGCCUCCUUGGAGCUUCUGAGGCUCUUGGCCACUCCGAUACCCAGACCACACCCCUCUCUCGCCCUGAUGGACAGGCCCGGACCGCCUUGGGCUGGAAGAAGAGCAGGGGGAGGGGCCCGAGAAGCGGAGGAAAGAAAGGCGGAAGAAGUGGAGGAGAAGGAGGGACGUCUGAUUUGGAUUCAGACUCUGAUUCAGGCUCGUCUACCUCCUCCCGGCGAUCAGAAAGCUCUGACGACAGUGGGGACAGCGACGCAGAGAGGGAGAGAGUUGCUCUGAAGAUGGAGGAAGAUGGAGAGAACAGCUUGCUCUCAAUGACUCCAUCUCAAGAUGGCGCGCCACCGGAGUCCCUCACUGACCCCUUCAGGGUUGACUGGCCCAAGGACCGUGUGUUAAUAAACCGGCUGGACAGCCUCUGUACACUGGUGCUGUCUGGGCAGUGGCCGACAGGGCGACGCUACGCCUCUGACGCCCAGCUCAACCCAGGCUCUGACGACCUAGGGGCAGGGGAUGAGCUCAGCUUUGCACGGCUCAUGCGGAAAAGCCACAGCACACCCGGUGGAGAAGGAGCAGAUGGAGAGGAAUCUGAGUUCACGGUCAAACUCCUCAAGGAGGAGGGGCUGAAGCUGACCUUCUCUAAGCAUGCCUUGAUGUCCAACGGGUCAGAGGGGAGCGGGCGCAGGAAGCGUAGGGACCAAGAAUUGUCAGAUCCAGACGGAACGGUCACGGUGGUCGAUGCCAUGACGGGCACAGUGCUGAGUGGGGAGCGGGCCCCUCGACGCAGGGACUUGCCCAACUGGCUGAAGGAGAACCCAGAAUAUGAGGUGGAGGGAGACAUGCUGGAGCUCCUUGUGAACAGGAGCAAGAGGAAGAAGAAGAGGACGGAGAAGGCAGUAGCGCUGUCGGGCAGUGAGAAGAUUAACAUAAUUGAUAUGAGGACAGGAAAGAAGGUUGGGGCUGCGCAUGGACCUAUGCUGCAGGAUCUGAGGGAGUUUCUGGAGGAGAAUCCUGACUGUGCAGUUGCACCAGAGUGGGCUGAGACUGUCCGGUGCUCUGGCUUUCUGCCAGACAGCCUCUUCCACCGGCUACUCUCCGCACACUCUGUCAUUCCCAAGAGAGACCGUCACCACCGCCACCACCACGCUCCCCAGCCUGACCCGCUGGAGGACCCACUCCUGGGCGGAGGUGAAGAAGAGACCCUGGUCUCAGACGGGGCCUACAUGAUGGAGGACGAAGACUUGGAAGAUUCUUCUUUCCUGACUCAAGCCUUUGAUGUUAAGAUGGAAGGUGGCGACAGCUUGUCACAAGGCGGAUACGAGAGUUCUGACAGGGAGGCCCUUUUGGACGACGUCAUUAUGGCGCAGAAGGACUCGGACUCUUCCUCCAGCUCAGAGGAUUGACCAAGCCUGUCUUGUCUAAUAUAGUCCCUGAAAAAUCAUGUUAUUUUUUUUUCUAUCAUGAUCUAUAUUGAAUUAUGGAUUAAUUUGUUUUUUUUGUUCUUUUUACUCAUUUGUUUUAUGUAGAUUUUUGGAAAGGAGCAGGUUUGCACCCAACUCUUUCCAUUCAUGAUAUUCCUCCUCCCUUCAUGACCAUCCACUUGGUAGCCUGAACCCCAACAAAGUGACUCCAUGCCCAACUCUGUUUCUCAUGCCACUGCUCUCCUUCUCCCUCAACCACCCCUCAAACCCAUCCCAUUCCCAGCCUCAUCUUUAAGGGGAGCCCUGAUGUAUUAGGAGCCCUUUUAUCCAAGAACCUCCAAGCUGGUCCUCCAGUUUAACUGGACGAGAGGACACACAUGUACUGAGCAGACCAGAACUUUGCUCCCAUGAUGCCUGAGUCUGAUGUCAUAGGACCUUUCUGCGCCCUGUUGAGUCAGUGAACUAGAAGGGGUCCAAUAUGUGGAUGUACAUUUUUCUGAAAGGAUGUAACUUUAAGGGGGGGGGGGGGUUACCGGUAUAUUAGUUAAUGAUCCAAUGCUAGGAAGAUGGGUGUAUUGUACAAUGUAGAGCUGGUCAGUUGUGUGCUAUGGUGCAAAGAUGACCGCAAUGAGUUAUUGUUUUAUGACCUGAUUGUAUCUGUGAUAUGAAUUACAGCAAUCUACAGUGAAAA